AUGUUUAAUAAUAUAAUAGGGAAAUAUUUUAAAGAAAAAGGAGAAGAAAAUGUUUUUAAUAUUCAAAUAGGAGAAGAAGCAAUAAAAAAUGGUGGUUUAAUUUCUAUUCCUGAUGUCUCUAAUCUUGUUGGACUUCAAUUAAAUAGAUGUUCACAAUACGUUGAUCCCAUUAAACCAUAUACAUAUGGUGUUUGGUUUAAACUUACAUCAACUAUAAAUACUUUUGUUUCUAUUGAAGUAGAUAAAAGAUAUUCUCAUCAGGAACUUGAACUUGCAAGAAUUCAAAAACAAGAAAUAGGAACUAAACUUGCAAUGGUUAUAGAACAAGAUUGUCAAGAAAAUUUGGGAUAUUCUUCUUCAUUAAUUUGUCUUUAUAAAAAUGGUGGACAUUCUAAAUAUGUAAAUUCUCCUAGAAUUGUUACUUUAUUAGAAACUGGUUCAACUCAAUAUCUCUUUAUUCAUUCAAAAUUUGCUUCAUUUCAAAUUCCAGAGUUUAAAUUAUAUGUUAAUAAAAUUACUCAUGCAUGUUCUUCAAGUUAUUAUAAUAUUGACUGGAAUGUAUUGUCUAGUUCUAAUUAUUCAAGUACAUUUAAUUUAGAAUAUACUAUUAAUUCACGUUCUAUAUGUUCUAAAGAUAUCGUGAAAGGACUUUGGUUUAAGUUAAUUGGAGCAGAUCAAAAUAUACAAAUUUCUACAUGUAAUUCACCAUCAGAAUAUGAUAUAAGUCUUGAUCUUUUAGCUGUUAAAUUAAGUGAUUAUGGAUUAAAUGAAAAUUCAGAAGAUAUUUCAAUGAUUAAUUGUGAUGAUGAUACAAAAACUAAAUGCAUUCGUUCAAGGACAGAUGGGUGUGGAGAAAAUUCAAAAUUAUCAAGGAUGGUAGUUUCAUUACAAACAGGAUAUUUGUAUUUUUUGUUUGUUGGAGUAAAUGAAGAAUAUUCAGCUCAAGUCAAAGUUGAUAUAAAUACUGUUUGUACUAAUAAUUGUGGUAAUAAUGGAUUAUGUUCUUCUCAUACUGGUAAAUGUGAAUGUAAUGAUGGAUAUGUUCUUAAAGAUGAAACAUGUUCAUUAUGUGGGAAUGGAAAAUUAGAUGAAGGAGAAGAAUGUGAUUUAUCUGUUGAAGGAUAUGAUGAUAGUAAAUGUUCAAUUAAUUGUAAUUGUAUGUAUGGAUUUGAACCAAAAAAUAUUAAUGGAGUUCUUAAGUGUGCAGUUUCAACAUGUGAUAAUGGAAAAGUUGAUGAUUUUGAAGAAUGUGAUGGAGGAUAUGGAUGUGAUCAUUGUGUUUGUGUCAAUGGAACAAAGAAAUAUGCAAAAGCAAGAAAUGAUUGUAUGUUAUCUACAUGUGGAAAUAGAAAAUGGGAUGAAGGAGAAGAAUGUGAUGGAGGAGAUGGAUGUAUUGAAUGUGAAUGUCAGCCAGGAUGGUAUUCACAAAAUAAAGCAGAUUGUAGUUCUAUGUCCAAAGGAUUAACAAAUUUUUUAUUUUGGGGAAUAGGAAGUAUAAUAUAUAUACUAUUUUAUAUUUUAUUAUUAUUAUUAAUAUUAUUUAUUUAUUAUCAUCUUAUUAAACAAAUUAAACAAGAAAUUAAUGAUGAAAAACUUAUCAUCUUUGAAAAUACAAUCAUUCCAUUUGAUAAAACAAACUCUCAAUACAUUGAUUUAAAACAACAAAAUCCUUAUUUUUCUUUCUCUUCUAAUGUUAUUGAAUUCCCUGAUUUAAGACCUGAAAUUAAUGAGCCUAUUGACACAACAAUUAUUUUAACUAAUAAUUGGAAAUAUCCAAUGCAUUUUACAUUCCAUUCUGGUGAUUAUACAAAAUAUGAAAUUAUGUGUAAACCAUUUACUGGUACUAUUAGACCAGGUGAUUUUGCUGAAUUGACUAUUACUUUUAUGGCUAAAUGUACUACAUUAUUAAAUGAAAAAGUACCAAUUACAAUACGUUAUGGUCAACUAGGAAAUAUUUUAAAAGAUAUUAAAAAAGAAAAUCCUGAUUUAAUUGCUCAAAGUUCUCAAUCAAGUCAAAAUAGUGAAAUGGAUAAUCUAAAUUAA